AUGGCUACGUCACUGCGCGGCCUGGACGCUGGGUCUGGAUCCUUGAGGCGCUGGAUCCUAACCUGCUUUGUGGCGCUACUGUUGCUGCCUCCGCGGCCAAACUUAGGUUAUAAUGAGAACUACACGGAACCAGUUUGUGGCACACCCUGGUGGCCAGACAACUUGGAGGAGAGCCACCACUGGCCCUGGGAAGUGAGCCUUCAGAUAGAAAAUGAGCACGUGUGUGGAGGAGCCCUGAUUGAUCGAAGCUGGGUGGUGUCUGCGGCUCACUGCAUCCAGGGCGACAAAGAGUACUCAGUGAUGUUGGGUAGCAGCACCCUCCACCCCAACGGCUCCUCCUGGACCCUGAAGAUUCCCGUGGGUGACAUCAUUAUGCAUCCCAAGUACUGGGGCCGGAACUUCAUCAGAAGCGACAUCGCCCUUCUCUGUCUUGAAACCCCUGUCACUUUCAACAAGUACGUGCAGCCCAUCUGCCUUCCAGAGCACAACUUCAACUUCGAGGUCGGGACGAAGUGCUGGGUGACUGGCUGGGGCCUGGUUAAGCAGCACUCCUCAGGCAAGUUGACGUUGACUCCGGAGCUUUGGGAGGCUGAGGUAUUCAUUAUAGACAACAAGAAUUGUGACAGUAUUUUCCACAAGAAGACCUUCUAUCCCCAAGUUGUCCCCCUUAUCCGGAAGAACAUGAUCUGUGCCACCACUUAUGGGGAGGACUUGUGUUACGGAGACCCUGGGGGGCCAUUGGCUUGUGAGAUCGAGGGCAAAUGGAUUCUGGCUGGGGUAUUCUCAUGGGAGAAGGCCUGCGCCAAAGUACCGAAUCUAAGUGUAUACACCCGCAUCACCAAAUAUACCAUGUGGAUCAAGGAGCAAGUGAGCCAUGGGGCGCUGUCGGGGCCCUGCAGGACCUCCUGGCUUCUUUUCCUGCCCUGGCUGCUGCAGCUCCCAGUGAGCCCAUGA